AUGAAAGUUGAGACAUUUUUAUACAUUCUGCUAAUCUUAGGGUAUUUCGGAGUGAAUGGUUUAACAAAUUAACCCGCUGGAGUACAAGCAACAGCACAAACCGACAGUCAACCUGCAUAUCUUUGUUCGACAGGUAAUAAUGAAGAAUAUACAAUAGGCUAUUUUUUCAAUGAUUAGAUCUGUAUGUCUUGCUUAACAGUUGCAGGAGGAUUAUGCACAUGUAAAGCAUAUAAUGGCUGUGAUACUCUCACUUGCAAUGAUGUAUAUUUAAAUAUCAUAUUAUGUAGAUCUUGCAUCACAAUUCCAGACACCAAUUGCGCCAAAGGUGGUUUAUCAGCCGACGGAACAAGCAUAGUGUGUUACUCAUGCAAAGCAGGUUCGUCGACAACAUUGAUUGGUGGAAUAUGUGUUUCGAAUAAUAAUUGUUAAACCUUCGAUUUGAACACUGGUAUUUGUACAAAAUGUAAUGAUGGAUUCUACAACGUAAUGGCUGAAUACACUCCCAGCGAAUAUUUCGAUACAACAGCAUCCACUUGGACCUCAUCUAAUUAUCCUCUUUAUUUCCAAAAUAUCUAAUAAUGUAAGGCUUGCAAUGCAGAUGUCUCAUGCAAAACUUGUAAUUUCCUUACUUAAUGCACAGCCUGCAUUGACAAUUUCUAUUUGAGUGGAACUAAAUGUAAUGCAUGCAUUACAGGAUGUCAAAAAUGUAAUGACUCUUCAACUUGUACAACUUGUAUUUCAACUUCUUCACCACCAUAUUAUUUAACAAAUACAAACACUUGUAUAUAAUGUUCUGGAAUCUAAUAUUGGGAUACUUAAUAGAAAAAAUGUGUUGAUUGUACAACAAUAGAUCCCAAUUGCACAGCAUGUACUUCUAAUACAUGUACGACCUGUAGUGCUGGUAACUAUCCUGUCAAUGGAACAUGUAAAACAUGUACAGGAUACCCCACUACAUGUUCAGCUUGUGAUGCUAAUGGUACUUGUACAAGUUGUACUUCAAAUUCAGUAAUGUCUAUUUUGGUUUAACAAAACAAUACAUGUAAAACAUGUCCUACUAAUUGUUAUUCUGCAUCAAAUUGCUAAUUCAACUCAUAAAACAAUACUACAAUUUGUACUUUAUGUCAAGAUCUUUACUAUGUUAAUGCUUCAGGACAAUGUGCUUUGUGUGAUUCAGCUGGAGAAAGUAAUGCUUUGAGAUGUCACUAUGAUGCAACUGUUACUGGUAACAUAGUUUACACCUAAUGUAAAUCCCCUUACUUCUUGGCUAAUAACAAAUGUACUCAAGCAUAAUCUACUAACACUUGUGCCAAAUUACAAGUAAUAGAUAGUCAAACUCAAUUAAGUAACUAAAACUGUGCUGAAUGCUGGCCUGGAUAUAUUCAAAGUGGUGCUACUUGUUUCCAAUGUAAUAAUUGCCAAUCUGGAAGCUGUUCAUUAAAUACAAGCAACUAACCAUCAUGUACUCUAUGUGUUGAUGGAUACUAUGCUGAUACAAAUCAAAAUUGUCAAUCCUGUAUUUCCAAUUGUACUUCAUGCAGUGGAUCCGGGAUCGGAGAUUGUACAAAUUGCUAAGCUGGUUAUUUCAAGGGAACCACUUCAUGCACAGCUUGUACUGUUGACAGCAACAAUCAUGCAACUUGUUUGGUUUGCUAAGAUGCUACCAACUGUUCCAGUUGCAUAAAUGGCUACUAUGUUUCAAAUGGUUUAUGUUUGGCCUGUUAAUAUGGAUGUAGUUAAUGUACUACCCCAGGAAACGUAUGCACAGCAUGUAUCAACGGAUACUACUUAUAAAAUGGAGGUUGUGUUCAAGACAAUGGAAAUUGCUAUUCCACUGAUAAGCAGAAUGUCCUCACCACAAUCCAAGCAAAUUAAACCAAUGGUUGUUAGAUCUGUAAUUAUGGUUUCUACUUGACCAGUGGAUGGCUAACUUAAUAAACCUCAUCAUAGAUUCAAGAUUAUGUUUGCAUGUAAUGUGUCUAUCCUUAAACUGCUUUUGUUUGCAGAACCAACCCAUAAGAUGUUUCUGUAUAAUCCGUGUAACCCACAGUAACCUCCCUCACACCUAGCAGUCAAUACUUUGCCAAGGGUUCAGUUGUUACUACUAUUUCCAAUUUCGGAUUAUUAGAUACAAGAUACACCUAAGCCACAUGUGCCCCUGGAUACUUCUGGACCAAUCAAAGUUGUAUGCCUUGCAUGUCAGUAACUAAUGGUACUUGCACAUCAUGCACUAAUCUUACUGCUUGUACCCAAAUUACAUGUUCCACUAACUAUUUCUUAACCACAAUCAAUAACACUCAAUUAUGUGCACCCAUACCAGCUGGAUGCAGUGAAUUAACAUACUCAACUACUCUUCUUGCCUUAGCCUGUACAAAAUGCAACACUGGAUACACUCUAGUCGGAUCAUCCAUCUGUGUUUCAAAUACUGGUUGUUAAACUGUUAAUCCAAGCACUGGAAUAUGUACUCAAUGUUCAGAUGGCUUUUACUUCAAUUGGGAUUUCGUCUUGAAUGCAUAAUAAAAUCCUCCAACCACCAACACCAAAUAUUACUCCACAUUCAAUCAAUUCUGUUCAGCAUGUUAAGCAGGAUGUUAGACUUGUCCAUCCUAAUACACCUGUACUUUAUGUUUACCAGGAUACUUCUGGUAUUAAUCAACAGUCACCUCUAACACUGGUGCAUUUAUCAAAUACAGUUCCAAUUUGACAUCAAAUAUUUCAGGAUAAUGUGUCACAUGUCCUAAAUACUGUUAGACUUGUACAUCAGCUACUACUUGCAGUACUUGUUAUCCCAAUUUCUAACCAGAUCCUAACUCAACUGUCGGUGCAUGCAUGUGUCCAUCAGGAUAUAAUUUAAUUACUUCUGGUUCAUCAAUAACAUGUAUCUAAUAAACACAAACUACUGCAAUAUGCAAUAUAACUGCUUGUUCUCAAUGCAAUGCCGAUAACACUCAAUGUUUGGCUUGCUUAGCACAAUAUUAAGGAAAGUCCUACACUUUAAUGGGAUCAACUUGUGUCACUUGCACAUAAAAUUGUAGCUCAUGCACAUUGAUGACUGGCAGCACAAGUCAAACUACUUGUUAAGUUUGCUAGAACGGAUAUUAUAAGACUCAAAGCGCCAAUGAUCAACCAGUCCUCUGUUCUAUUUGCUCAUAAACUGGAGCUCUCUUAUGUCAAGGUCCUUUGGAGAAUGCCACCUUCUCAUAGGUCACAGUUAUCCAAUGUCAAAAUAACUAUUAUUUAUAUAAUGGAACUUGUGUUCCAGUACCCACUACAGCCACUUGCUAUACAAUUUCAGCUUAAAACGGCAGCAAUUGUCAAUAAUGUCUCCCUGGAUAUACAUUAUUUGGAAGCACUUGUUAAACAUGUGCCACAAGCAAGAACUAGAAUUGUGUGUAAUGCAAUGCAAAUGCUGAUUAAACUGGAUUGUAAUGCACUUAAUGUUAAAAUGGAUAUGUGAUUGAUUCUACCAACAACGUUUGUGUUGCAUGCAUAAGUGGAUGCACUAAAUGUACUUUGAUUGCUGCCACUUAAAAUACUGCAUAAAGUACUUUAUGUAGUGCCUGCAAUGAUGGAAAUUACUUGGACAACACAACUGGAAGAUGCUUUGCUUGCCCAUAUGAUUGCAAGACAUGCGAUACUAAAUUUACAUGCACAACAUGCAAGGAUGGAUUUUAUUUGAAAUAAUCACAAACUACAUUCAAUGCCAAAUAAUACACCUUCAAACCAUGUUACCCAUGUUAGUCUAAUUGUGCAACAUGCUCAGCAAAUGGAAAUGUCUGUUUGACUUGCUCAUCUGGAUAUGUCUUAUAAAAUGGUGGAUGUGUCAAUUUGUAAUAAUCAAUCGUCAAUGAUGCCAACCAAGUACAAUUAUGCCAAUUGUUAUUAACUUGACACAACUAACACAGGAUGUCUUAACUGUUUAGCUGGAUUCUACUU